AUGUCACACUUGAUCACACUAGCGACUUGUAACUUAAAUCAAUGGGCACUAGAUUUUGAAGGGAAUAGAGAUCGUAUUUUGGAAUCGAUCAAAGUUGCCAAAGAGAAAGGUGCACGUCUACGUGUGGGCCCAGAGCUUGAAAUCACUGGUUAUGGUUGUUUGGAUCAUUUCUUGGAGAAUGACUUGUAUCUUCACUCAUGGGAAAUGUAUGCACAAAUUCUCAGAAAUCCAGAGACGCACGGCAUCCUGUUGGAUAUUGGUAUGCCUGUGCUUCAUCGAGAUGUGAGAUAUAACUGUCGUCUACUGUCGUUCGAUGGACAAAUUUUAUUUAUCAGACCAAAAAUUUGGUUGGCAAAUGAUGGGAAUUACCGUGAAAUGAGAUUCUUCACUCCAUGGAUGAAACCGGCUGCAGUCGAGGAGUUUUUAUUGCCUCCUUUGAUUCAAAAAAUCACUGGUCAAAAGUUUGUUCCCUUUGGUGAUGCAGUUAUAAGCACGCUGGAUACAUGUAUCGGUGCAGAGACUUGCGAAGAACUCUUUACACCCCAGUCACCUCAUAUAAGCAUGUCUCUUGAUGGUGUGGAGAUCAUCACAAACUCGUCAGGAUCUCAUCAUGAGUUGCGUAAAUUGGACAAGAGACUUGACUUGAUUGCAAGCGCUACGAGCCGUUGUGGCGGGGUAUACUUGUAUGCCAAUCAGCGUGGAUGUGAUGGUGAUAGAUUAUACUACGAUGGCUGCGCAUUGAUUGCCAUCAAUGGUAAAGUGGUUGCCCAAGGAUCGCAGUUUGGAUUAAAGGACGUAGAAGUUGUAACGGCUACUGUCGACUUGGAAGAGGUCAGGAGUUACAGGGCCUCUGUGAUGUCUCGUGGAUUACAAGCAUCAUUAUCAGAUGUCAAAUAUAAACGUAUUGACGUACCAGUGGAACUUGCUCCUAUGAGUUCAAGAUUCAAUCCUAAAAUAUCGCCCUCGAAAGCUAGGACAAUAUUCUACCAUGCUCCCGAAGAGGAAAUAGCACUGGGCCCGGCUUGUUGGCUAUGGGACUAUUUGAGAAGAUGCAACGGUACUGGGUAUUUCUUACCUCUAUCAGGUGGUAUUGAUUCUUGUGCCACAGCUGUUAUUGUUCAUUCUAUGUGUCGUCUUGUAGUACAAGAGGUUUCUGAAGGUAAUUCCCAAGUUUUAUCUGAUGCACGCAAGAUUGCUCGUAUGGAUGACGAGUGGAUCCCCUCAUCACCUCAGGAAUUGGCAAGUAAAAUAUUCCAUACUUGCUUCAUGGGCACCGAAAACUCUUCUAAAGACACAAGAUCUAGAAGCCGUGAACUCUCCAAAUGCAUUGGGUCCUAUCACGUAGAUUUGAACAUGGACUCUCUAGUGAGCGCGGUUGUGAACUUAUUUGAAGUGGCCACUGGGAAAAGACCAAUUUUCAAAAUAUUUGGCGGUUCUCAGAUUGAAAAUUUGGCUUUACAAAAUAUCCAGGCAAGGCUGCGCAUGGUAUUGGCGUAUUUGUUUGCGCAAUUACUCCCAUGGGUUAGAGGCAUUCCAAAUUCGGGAGGGUUGUUGGUACUGGGCAGUGCGAAUGUGGACGAAUGCUUGAGAGGAUACCUGACCAAAUAUGAUUGCUCCUCGGCGGAUAUCAAUCCUAUUGGAGGGAUAUCCAAGACGGAUUUGAAAAAAUUCAUUGCUUAUGCGUCUGAAACUUUUGACAUGCCAAUUUUGGAAGAUUUCUUGACCGCCACGCCUACCGCAGAGUUGGAGCCUAUUACUAAGGAUUACGUGCAAUCGGAUGAAAUCGACAUGGGUAUGACAUAUGAAGAAUUGAGCAAAUUCGGAUACUUGCGCAAAGUGGAGAAAUGUGGCCCGUUUUCGAUGUUUUUGAAAUUGUUGCAUGAUUGGACCCCAAGGCUAACUCCUGCACAAGUGGCUGAAAAGGUGAAAAAGUUCUUUUUCUUUUACGCUAUCAAUAGACACAAGCAGACGGUGCUUACACCCAGUUACCAUGCUGAGAACUAUUCUCCAGAUGACAAUCGGUUUGAUUUGAGACCGUUCCUGAUCAACCCACGUUUCACGUGGGCUUCGAAGAAGAUUGAUCAGGUGGUUGCGCAGUGCGAGGGCAAAGACGCUGGCGAAUUGGACAUUAUGUCGAUAGAUUAG